ACUUGUCGAAUGAAAUGAAAACGUUUUUUUUACUUAUUUAUUUACAUUUUUAUUAUCAAGUAUUAGGCGAUAUAAAUAUCACAAUUUUACACAUAAACGAUUUACACAGUAGAUUCGAUGAGUUCGAUGACAAUGGGAAUUUUUAUGGGGGCGUUGCUCGGAUAGCUUAUAAAGCGAAUGAGUUGAAGAAAGCGGCGAAGGAUCCCAAAUCAGUUCUGUUUUUGAACGCGGGGGAGUCAUUUAGCGGAACGGUUUGGUUUGCUUUACACCGUUGGAAAAUUGUUUCGGAAUUUUUAAAUUUAUUACCUAUCGAUGCAAUGAGUGUUGGUCUUCACGAAUUCGAUGAUACCAUCAAAAAUUUAACGAAAUUCGUCGAAUCAUCGAAAUUUCCGCUAUUAUCUUGCAACACGAAAUAUCCCACAUCCGCUUUAAACAGCAAGGUGAAGUCUUGGGUUACUUUUACGGUUGAUUCGAUUCAAAUUGGAGUUAUCGGGGUAACCCUAAAGUUAGCUGAGAAACAUGCUAGUGCUGGAGGGAGCGUUUUUUACAACGAAAUCGAUUCGAUUAGGCGCCAUGCAAAUAAUUUAGAGGAUAAGGGGGUUCAAAUCAUCAUCGCAUUAACCAACGUGGGUUACGAACAUGAUUUAAAAAUCGCCGAUUACCUUGAUAACAUCGAUAUAAUUAUUGGGGGGACAACGAAUACUUUUUUAUACACCGGGGAUCCCCCGGAUUCCGAAAAACCCGCCGAUACGUACCCGAAAAUCGUUCGUAAAUCGUCGGGGAAAAAAGUUUUGAUUCUCCAAGCUUACGCUUACGGGAAAUAUUUAGGAGUGCUUAAUUUAAAAGUUUCAAAUAAAGGAGAGAUCAUCGAUUACUCGGGGAACCCCAUCUUAUUAUCAUCGGAUGUUCAAAAAGAUGAAGAGGUCGAAAAGCUAAUUCAAAAAUAUAAAAAAGAAAUUGAAAGCGUAACAAACACAAUAAUUGGCGAAGCUAUAAACGAAUUAUCUCGGCAAAAAUGUCGCUCGGAAGAAUGUAACCUCGGAAAUUUAUUAACCGAUUCUUUUAUUGAUUAUGUAAGAGAUUAUUAUCCAGCUAAUUCGUAUUGGUCGAACUGCGCGAUCGCUUUCGUAAACAGUGGAUCGAUCAAAAAAGUGAUUCCGAGUGGGAAAGUCUCGAUUGGGCAUGUUUAUGAAUCAGUUCCUUAUUGCGAGCCCUUAGUUUUAAUCGAUGUUACAUGGCAGGUACUUUUAGGAGCUUUAGAAGUUGGUUUUGGAGGUGUAGUUGAUGAUAAACAUGGGCAAUUUUUACAAGUAGCCGGAUUAAUCGUAAAAGUCGAUAAAACGAGACGAUCGGGAAGUCGAAUAAUCGACGUACAAGCGCGUUGCCAAAAAUGUAUAUCUCCAAAAUACGAACCUUUAGGUUUAGAAUCAAGUUAUAAAGUGGUAACUAAUCGGUAUUUAGCGUACGGAGGUGAUGGGCAAGAUGAAUUAAAAUCUUUUAAGAGAAAUGAGAAAAUGUUUGAUCUUAAUGAUAAUCAAGCUAUAAUUACGUACUUUAGGAAAUAUAACAGUGUUGAUGUUGAUGUAGAAGGAAGGAUUAUUUUUGUUAAUUGCGGGAUAAAAAUGAUUUUUAAUCGA